GGUGCACAACAAAUUAACUCACAAUCAGAUAUAGAGAAUCAGAAAGAUAUAAAUGAUAUUUAUGAAAAUAUUUGUAAAAUAGACACAAAAACUGAAGAAGUAGACAGUCACAAUGAUUCUGAUUAUGAGCAACCUGCACUGUUUAUAAAAGAAGAAUAUUACAAAGAACCAGCUGCAGGUACCAGUGAAGAUACCAAACUCAAUGAUGAAAGAAUUAAAAUUAAAAUGAAAAGAACUAAAAAGAAAGGAAAUAAAAACACUGAAUUGCCUGAGAACAAUGAGUUCAAAUACAAAGGGAAAAUCAGAAUAAUUGAACUAACUGAAGCACAAGUGCAGGCUGAAAGAGCUAAGCAAGCAAGUAGUGAGAAAUACUUGAGGUUACCGUACAAGUGUGAAACCUGCAUUCUUGGAUUUGAUUUUGAUAAUACAUUUAAUGAGCAUAAUGAAAAGAAACACCCUAAAAUAGGCAGUUUUACAUGCAAUAUAUGUAAAUCUGUGUUAAACACACAGUCAUCAUACAGGCUUCACAUAAGAAAUCAUUAUAAAAGAUAUGAAUGUGAGCAAUGUGGCAAGCACUACUCUAAUUUACAUCCAAUUUUAAAACACUACAGUGACAUGCAUGAAAAACUGGAAACAGCUUAUAAAUGUCCACAUUGUGAUGACUUUACUACCAACAGUUACCGAGCCUACAGAUAUCAUAUUGAGAAGCACAAAGGGCAAAAGCAGUGUGCGGAGUGUGGCAAAACCUUCUCCAAUACAUCUGGCCUGAGGUGCCACAUAUAUUCAGUGCACAAACAAACGGGUGCAUUCAAGUGUGUGCCGUGUGACAAGGUGUUCAGGUACCGGUCCAGUCUGAAGUCGCACCGUCACUCGUGCCACGGGGAGGCGGCGGAGGAGCAGCCCUUCUGCGGGGACUGCGGCACACACUUCAAGACCGUGGGCAGCUAUAAGAACCACCUGAAGAAGCACAAGAACCACAGGAAUGAGAAUGAUAUUAAAUAUCAAUGUGAUAUGUGUAAGGCUAAAUUUAUUUUGAAGCAUCAUCUGGUGGAUCACAUGAAACAUACACACUUAAAUAUAUCCGAUGCGAAAUGCCUGAUGUGCGAUAAGUCAUUCAAAAGCAAUUAUAAUUUGAAGAGACAUAUCACCCAAGUCCAUGAAAAGACACCACUACCGAGGAACAAGAUAUGCGAUCAUUGUGGAAGAGGAUUUACGACUACCCACAUUUUGCGCACUCACAUACGGACGCAUACGGGAGAGAGACCGCUGCAAUGCGACCACUGCCCAGCGACAUUCGCGCACUCAGCCUCUCUCUACACACAUAACAAACUUGUACAUAAACGACUGAAAAAAAUACAGUGAUUAAUUUCCUCUUGGCUUUUAACGGUAAAAUGAAAUAAAUACUAUUGUAAAACAUGA